AUGGCCGUGGACGAUGUGUAUGAGCGGUGGUCGUUUCAUCUGUCCGAAGCGCUGGCUUUUAACGUGAUUUUAAGGAGACUUUAAUUGUUUUUGUUCCGGCUGUGUUUUUCUCUGCAUACGACCCUUGAAUCCUGCGUCUUUUCAACUGGAAAAAGGGAUGUACCCAGAUGAGAGCGGGUACAUUGUCCGGACACCGCGAGUGGAGGAUAGGAGCAUGUAAACCGGGAGAAAUACACCGGCUGCUGCAGCGGCGGCACCACCUGACACCUCCCUUCUUCCCUCCUCAUUAUUCUCCUCAAAAUUUUUGAGGCUGCUCGAUGUGUUGACCGGAUUCGUAUAUUUAUUUUGGUUCUUGUGUUGAGCAAAAUGGGCGAAGAAGUGUCAGAGGUCCCUAAAGAGCUUCUCGACAGUGUGAGAGACGCAGUAGGGAGGAAGGUAAAGUUGUCACUAAGGAAGAGAGUAAAACUGGAAAUCAAAGGUGACAAGACGGAGAACAGAGUCUUGGCUUUCACAACCUACCGCGUCUACCUCUUAACAGCGCGCAUUCCCACCAAGGUAGAGCAUUCCUUUAAUUAUCUGGAAAUCCAGGGAAUUGCUUGCAACAAGCCAACACAGCUCUUUGUAGAGUAUGAGCGUAGUUCCUUCUCUCUGAAGCUGCCCUCAACAGAGGAGGUAAAUGAAGUGGUGGCUCACAUAGGAAACUGUUUGCAGAGGAUAUGUCCUGGUUUACCACCAAGUAAAGUGAUGAAGAAGCUCUCCAUUGAGCCUCCAGAUAGGCUGGCCUCUCUGCAGACUCUGUGGGAGAACAACAAACCUGCCGAACCUGGACCCUGUGGUGGGUUUUCUCAGAUGUACAGAUGUGUGUGUGACUCGUUGGGGUUGCCUUACAGAGAAGAGGUGCAGUGGGAUGUUGACACCAUCUAUCUAACGCAAGACACGAGAGAGCUCAACCUCCAGGACUUCAGCCAUUUGGAAAACAGGGAUCUUGUCGCUAUAAUUGCAGUCCUGGAGUUCAACCAGUGGUUCACCAAGCUCUCUACCAAAGAUUAUAAACUGUCUGCAGAUGUGUGUGAGCAGAUUCUUCGGGUGGUGUCUCGAUCCAGUCGGCUGGAAGAGUUGGUUUUGGACAAUGCUGGACUCAAAACGGAAUUUGCCCAGAAGCUAGCUGCCGCCCUGGCCCACAACCCCAGCUCAGGACUCACCACCAUUAAUCUUGCCAACAACCCACUGGAGGACCGAGGUGUUUCCUCCUUAGGUGCUCAGUUUGCCAAACUCCGUGUGGGGCUCAAGCAUUUAAACUUUUCCAGAACCUCACUAUCACCCAAAGGGGUGAAUAGCCUUUGCCAGUCACUGAGUGCCAACCCGUCCAUCCCCAGCAGCCUAGUCCAUCUGGACCUCUCAGGGAAUAUGCUCAGAGGAGACGACAUGCAGCAUUUCUACAACUUCCUUGGUCAACCAAACAGUCUGACAACGCUCGACCUCUCCAACACAGACUGCUCUUUGGACCAGGUUUGCUCAGCUCUGCUGCGAGGCUCUGUCCAACACCUCUCUGUUCUCAACGUGUCAAAGAGCAUCUUCCCGCACAGGAAAGGCAAAGAGGUGCCGCCAUCAUUCAAGCAUUUCUUCAGCAGUGCCAUGGCUCUCAGCUCCAUCAAUGUGUCAGGAACCAAGCUGCCGCCAGAGGCUCUCAAAGCACUUCUACUUGGUCUGGCCAGUAAUCCCAGCCUGAAGGAUGUGUCACUAGACCUCAGCUGCUGUGAGCUUGGCCAUUGUCUUCGGUCUGGAGGUUCCCAGAUCCUUGAGGGUUGUAUUGCCGAGAUCCCAAACAUUUCCAGCCUAGAUAUAUCAGAUAAUGGCCUGGAUUCAGAGCUAUCCACUCUGCUUGUUUGGUUAGCCAAGAACCGCUCCAUCAAACAUCUGUCUCUGGGCAAGAACUUCAACAACAUCAAAUCCAAGAACCUUGCUCCAGUUUUGGACAGCUUGGUCCACAUGAUUCAAGAGGAGGAGUCACCCCUCACCUCUCUGUCUCUAGCAGACUCAAGACUAAAGAGUGACUUGACCAUCGUUCUCAACGCCCUUGGCAGCAACUCCACGCUCACCAGGCUCGACAUCAGCGGUAACGCCAUGGGUGACAUGGGAGCCAAGAUGCUGGCAAAGGCUUUGCAGAUCAACUCUAAACUCAGGACUGUGAUCUGGGAUAAGAACAACACCAGUCCUCAGGGUCUACAGGAUGUAGCAGCUGCUUUAGAGAAGAAUUUCACCAUCCGCUUCAUGCCCAUCCCCAUCAUUGAUGCCUCCCAGGCUCUGAAGGCGAGCCCUGAAAAGACGGAAGAUGCUCUGUUGAAGAUUGAGAACUAUUUAUACAGGAAUCAGGAAACCAGAAAAUAUCUACAGGAGCAGGCUUACCGACUUCAGCAAGGUAUCGUAACAACAACCACACAGCAGAUGAUAGACCGGAUUUGUGUUAAGGUGCAAGAUCACCUGAACUCUCUGAAGAACUCGGAGAUAGAUGCCAUCCUAGAAGAUGUCAAAGCAGCAGAGAAUCUCAUCAAAGAUGCCAGAAAUUCUAAAACUCUACUCCCUAACUUGUACCACCUUGGAUCAGCAUCCAGAGAGGAGGUGAACAGUUCAUCAAUGGGUCCUAUCCAGGAGAAAUUGGAGUCCAUGGCUGGGGAGGUCACCUCUGUCAUGGACCAGCAGCUGCAGACUUUGCUAGAGUCCAUGAUGGAUGCAGCAGAAUCUAUGUGCCCUCAUGUGUUAAAGAGGAGCAAUCUUCGUCCUGAGCUAAUGAAGGCCAGCUCAGCCAAGAUGCUUGUACCUAAAAGCUUUGUCACCAAAACUCUCCUAGAGCAGUCAGGAGUGGAUAUUAUUAAUAAAAUCAGUGAGGUGAAACUGAGUCUGGCGUCUUUUCUGUCUGAUCGCAUCGUUGAUGAGAUUUUGGAGGCUCUUUCCACAUCACAACACACACUGGCAGACCAUCUGGUACGACGAGGUCGACCCUUGGUGCAGCAGGAGUCACUGGAUCUGGAUGUUCCGGAGGAGAAGAUUCCUAAACGGGCAUCGACUGAGAUAUUGGAGGCUGAGAGGCUUGAGGAUCUGGAAACAUGUAUGAUGACUCCUAAAUCCAAAAGGAAAAGCAUCCAUAGCAGAAUGCUGCGGCCAGUGUCUCGUGCUUUUGAGAUGGAGUUUGACCUUGACAAGGCUCUGGAAGAUGUCCCUGUGCAUGUGGAGGACACUCCCACGUCAUCUCAGACGCCACCUACGCCAUCCCUGGUUACACCUAAACUGGAGCAACGACCUCCGGGAACAAUUGCUGAGUUGCCAUCUGAGGAAGAAAAAAAACUGCAGCACUUCACCAAACUACGACCACGGAGGAACAAAAAAACACAUUCUAGCAAAGUACCUCAAAUCAAAAACACUCCAUCUCAAGAUGGGGAACAGAAUGGCCUCAUGGGAAGAGUAGAUGAAGGAGUGGACGAGUUUUUCUCUAAAAAAGUCACCAAGAUAGGUGCAAAACGUUCCCUUAAGAGUUCAGAAUCACAUGAUGGAGAGAAGAAAAAGAGUAAAGGAGGAUUUCUAAACCUCAUCAAGCGAUCCUCCAAAUCUGAUAAAUCUGACAAAUCAGAUAAAUCAGAGAAAAACCAGGCAGCUCCAACAUCAUCUGGAACAUCCCCAGCUUCAGCACCCACCAUCCCAGAGGAGCCCUCCUCUCCAAAGGUGAUAGUCAAGAGUCCUGCACCUGAGCCAAAGUCCAGAGACGCCUCUACUCGCUCACAGCCCACAGACUACAGCAGCAGCUCAGACCGAUCAGAGGAGCUGAGGACACCAGACUCCAUAGAUGAACCAUGGGAGGGUUCAGAUGGCAGAGGAAGUCCUCAGGGAGGGAAGCGGUACCCUGGGGUGCAGAUGAUGGGAAGCGGCCUCCUGGCAGAGAUGAAGGCCAAACAUGAAAGGAGAGCGCACAAGUCUUCCAGCCCUGAUAGGCCCGACGGCAAUGCAACAGUGGCCAAGCCUCAUUCUACAACUACAGAGAGCAGGUCUCCCAGUGGUUCCCUUAACAAAACGGACUCUACUCCCUCAGAAAAGACAUCGGCACGCGGUGACGCUAAACCUGAACCCACGACCCGUCUCAGAGCUACGUCUUCCUCAAGCUCCCCCUCUGGACCAGUAACCCCUAAACCACCAGUGUCACAAGGAGCAAAGCCUGCACUGGCUGCCCGACCCGCCAUCCCACAGAAGCCAAGGACCACCAGUAGCAGCAGGAGUACAGAAGAGAGCUCAGAUUCCCCGAGCAGUGGUGUGUCUCCUAAAGUAACAGUUCUUUCUUCAACACUGAAGAAGGCACUAUCAGAAAAAGACAAGGAGACCAGUCAGCAGUCAGGAGUUUCCACCAGCAAAACCACUCAGGAAGCGAGGUCAGCCUCAGAUGGUCUUCAGCGUUCCGGCUCUCUCAGCACCAACUCUGAGGAUCACAGCUCCUUCAAGAACAAGGACAAAUCUCCAAAUCCAGACAGGGACAACGCAGCAAGCAAAAAGUCAUCAGACUCUGGGGAAGAGGCGAACAAAGACUUUAUUUUAAUAUGAGACCAUUUACAAACCUCACGUUUCCCUUUAGAAAAGCAGCCAAAAGGGUUUAAAACUCAUGAUUAAUGUAUAUUAGAAUUUGUACCUGUAGGUUCUGUCUGACCACAAAUACAAAUCAUGUUUAGGCAGAAAGAACUGCUGCACUGUCAGGAAAUUCAGCUUCAAUUUUAGUAUGAUUAUGUUUGACAUUGUUUUGACACAACCAAAACUGUGCUAAAUCUCACAAGAGCUUCCUUCUGACAAAGAUCUGUUAUCGUCCUUGUUCUUACUCACUUUCCUUACUAACUCUUCAGGGUUUAAGAAAAUAAAUUAUCAGGUGUUGAUCAA